GCUAUUGGGUAUGGUAUGGUCCUCUUGGAUGGAAAUGUUGUCAAUAUAAAUCGACUUAAGAAACUCAACAUAUCACGAGUGGACAAACUCUUCAAACUGCUACCAGUGGCUCCCUUAUAUGGUGAUGUCCAGAUACGUUUUGCUGACUGGAUAAGACAGUUACCUCAUUACGAUCAGUCCAAGUGGACCUGCACUAGUGAGCAACAGGAAGAGAAGGUCACCGUCGCAAUUCAGAAUCGUGUGGAGGUCAUUCGAUCAGAGCACGUUCGAUUCAUAUCAGAACUAGCCCGCUAUAACAAUGAAAUUAUCACAAAGAAGCAGUUUGAGUUGAAUGACCAGAGAGCUAAGGAGCUGACAGAGAUGGCCCAGCAGGGAAUCAAACUGCUAACAUCAUGGACCACUGCAGUAAUGGAACUGUAUUCAUGGAAGUUGCUCCACCCAACUAAUGAAUAUGAUAAUAAGGAGUGCCCUAAGGAUGCUGAAGCCUAUGAAAGAGUAAGUCUUGUUGAGUGA